GUUAUUUUUGUAUACACCGGCUGCAGUUCUUGUUAGUCGACGCAGCCAAUAUAACGCCAAAAACCCUAUAUACAUAAACUCUUUAUUUAAAUACACGUGAAGGAGAACGAGGUUGCAAGUUUUUUACAUUUAAAAUACAAAAGUUAGAGGAGAAUGAGAUGUAUUUCCGCGCCACUGUUAUGCGUUCUUGAAUCGGAUGGUAGACAGUACGCCAAUAACGUGAAUAUAUUGAUACUGACUUCUGCUUUUACUCCCGUAUAAUAAGUCCACAGUUUGUCUGCCAUUGACUGAUACAAUCACAUGUCCGUGGGAUAUUGAGCAAGGCCCUGAUCACCCAGCUCCAAGGACACUGCGCAUUGAGUGACCCUGCACUGUAACCCCCAAGCCACGGAGAGCAAGAAGGGAUAGGCAAAGAGAAGAAUUCCAGUGUACCUGCAUGUACUCAUCCUUAUGUGAAUGGCAAAUAAAGGAUUCUUCAUUACUGCCUUCCUGAUACUCACGCUUAGCUAUGACUGACUGACCCCAUUUGGUCACCAUAAACCUGUUUCCAUCCAUGGGUCACUGUUUUGGAUGUUUUGCCCACUGGACUGUGAUGUAGGUCAUAUAUUUCCAUGGCAUGUGGACAUAGAGCUGCAAGCCAUGCCCUCGCUGCCCGUGCUGGUGGUGCAUGGAGGAGCAGGUCACAUCCCCAAGGACCGCGCGCAGAUCUCGUGUGCCGGGGUGCGAGAGGCGGCCAGGGUGGGCUACGCCUGUCUGCAGGCUGGGGGCAGCGCCAUGGACGCUGUAACCGAGGCCGUCACGAACCUGGAGAACAACCCCGCGUACAAUGCAGGCCGCGGUUCGGUGCUCACACAACAUGGCACCGUGGAAAUGGACGCCAUAGUGAUGGACGGCCGCACGCUGGCCAGUGGAGCCGUAUCUGCGGUCAGGAGGAUCGCUAACCCCGUACAGCUGGCCAGGCUUGUCAUGGAAAAGACCAGCCACCUGUGCCUGACAGCGGAGGGGGCCUCCCAUUUCGCCAGAGCCAUGGGUGUCCCCGAGGUCCCCGAGGAGUCACUCAUCACUGAAUACGCCAGGAUGCGCUGGAGGAAGAACCUGGACCCAGAUGCCAACCCAGUGCAGUGCAUGAUGAUGGGCGGAGAGACUCCAUCAGCGCCAGUAGAUACACAUGACACAGAGGGCAAGAUUGGCACAGUGGGUGCCGUAGCGGUAGACGCACAGGGCAACAUUGCCUGUGCCACUUCAACCGGAGGCAUGCUGAAUAAGAUGGAGGGGCGUGUGGGAGACACAGCCUGCAUUGGGUGUGGCGCUUAUGCUGACAACCAUGUCGGAGCUGUGUCCCCUACGGGCCACGGUGAGGCCAUCAUGAAGGUCACCCUGUCCAGGCUGAUCCUGUUCUACAUGGAGCAAGGGAAGUCAGCUCAAGAGGCAGCGGAUCAAGGUCUAGCCUACAUGAAGGACCGGGUGCAGGGCUUGGGAGGGGUGGUGGUGGUGGACCCCCGGGGCGACUGGGCAGCCCGUUUCACCAGUGCCCAGAUGGCAUGGGCGGCAGCGCAAGGCGACCAGUUGCAUUAUGGGCUUUAUGUGGGUGAGCAUUUCACACAGCCAAUCACGGACCCUAAAGGCCCUUAGUCUCAGAGAGGGAGAUUUCUGACCUCUCCUCAAGUACACACAUUAACACUCCAUGAUCUCCACUCACAACUCACCCCCAGAGGGCCAGCUUUGCUGUCCAUGGCCACACAACUUGCAUUAUGAUUACACACAAAAUUGCACAUGAAUGCACUGUGAUCAAACAGUAUUUAAAAAUCUGAAUUUAGAUUUCUUUAAUGUAUUUUGAAUAUCUAAAUUCAUGCAGGGAUUGAUUCUGUCAACCAGACUGACAGUUUUGUCAACCAGAGAUUCGAUUUAACUCACGUUACCUUUUACUGAUAAAUGCUAGAUGUGAUUUUUGCAUGUAGAGCUACUGUAUUUCUUUGAAACUCUAAAUACGACACAAUAAACUCUCCUUGUUACUGUG